GAUUAUUGCUAAUAUAAGUUUGCAUUUAAGACACGCCGAGAAGUGGUGGGAUAUCUGCUGCAGUAUUAUAUGUUUACAUGAAGCAAUAAUUCGGCAUUUUGUGUUUGUAUAUUACGAAAAUGAGGAGCGUAAUUUUUUUCCUAUUAUAUGUCGUAUUUGUUUCGGGAAAAGUCCCCGAUUACAUCCAGCCAUUAAUAUGUAAAGCAUCUGAUCCGCAUUAUGAGAAAUGUGUUUACAACAGUUUCCAAAAAUCACGGCCAUAUCUUAUGAAAGGUAUACCAGAGUUGAGCUUUCCUCCCAUGGAUCCUUUCAAGUUACCGUUGAUGGUUGUAAACAGAACCUUGAACGAAUUUGUCAGUAUUUCUGCUAUUUGUAGAAACAUUGUUGUUGAAGGGGGCAGAAAUACAGUAAUUGAUGAUCUUAAAGCCGAUCCGAUAAAUCAUGCAGGAGAAAUAAGGUUAACUUUACCAUGGUCUUACCUUGAGAUGGAAUAUGAUGUCAGUGGAAGAUUAUUAUCAAUUCCUCUUCAAAGCCGAGGCUUCUUCAAAGGAAAUUUUACAAAUACCCAAAUGUAUAUUAAGGGAUCCUUGGAGACGUAUGAGAAAAAAGGAGAACAAUAUUUUAAAGUGAAGAAAGUAAAUGCCAAAGUAGUUGUAGGUGAUGGUUGGAUAAAAUUAAAUGCCAAAAAUCCUGAUUUACAACUUGGAGCUGACAUCAUUACCAACUUCUUCAAUGAGAAUCCUCGAAGAGUUAUGGACGCAAUACAUCCAAUAUUUAUCGAAACCACCAACGAAUUAUUUAGGGUCGUAGCUGACCAAAUAUUGGCAAACUUAAAGGUUUCAGAGUGGGCUCCUGCUUGAGUCACCUAUGUUUUAUAUAGAGUUAUAUUUAUUUUUAGAAACAAUGUAUAUUUUUUUAC